AGGGGGAUGAGCAACAACAAAUCGCUGUCAAACAUCGGCGGAUUCUCGCGAGUCGCGAGUUGAAUAAUCGAAAGUGAAGUGUGCUUGUUUUCUUGUGCCGAUUAAUUUGUUAAAUUUGAAGCAACAAUUCAGUGGAAACAUUCCGAAAAUGAUUCUACGGAGAUGGGGGCUUUGUCUGGCGCGAUCUGCCACCGUGCAGCUGAAGCGGACUUAUACCGAGGCCAACAUUCUGAAGCUGCAGGAUCGAGGGUUCUUUCAGGAUGUUUUUCCGGCGGAGGCGAUUGACAAAGCCCGCAGUAUACUCGGUUCCUCCCCGCAAACCAUCUAUGCCGGAUUUGACCCAACGGCCGAUAGUCUGCACGUGGGAAAUCUGCUCGUCAUCAUAGGGCUCCUGCACGCCCAACGGGCCGGCCAUCAGCCGAUUGCCCUGCUGGGGGGUGCCACCGGCCAGAUCGGAGACCCCAGUGGCCGCAAAACCGAACGCCAAGCCAUGCUGCUGGACAUGGUCAAUCACAAUUUGGCGUGCAUCGGAGCGCAGAUCGAUCGCAUUUUCCAAAAUCAUCGGGAAUUUUUGUGGGACAAGCGGGGUCAGAGCGCCGCACUCAAACCGGUCGUGGUGGUGAACAAUGCCGACUGGUACCGGGAGUUGAACUUUGUGCAGUUCAUUUCCAGCGUGGGACGACACUUCCGGAUGGGUUCGAUGCUAUCGCGGGCUUCGGUGCAAAGUCGGUUGCAGGGUGAGGGUGGAAUGAGCUUUACCGAGUUUACGUAUCAGAUAUUCCAGGCGUACGACUGGUUGCAUUUACUGAAGGCACACAGCUGUCGGUUCCAGCUGGGCGGAAGCGACCAGAUGGGAAACAUUAUGUCCGGGCACGAGUUGAUCUCCAGGGUGGAUCGGAAGGAGGUGUUCGGAUUAACACUGCCGUUGAUUACGAACGAGCAAGGUGACAAAUUCGGGAAAUCCGCCGGUAAUGCGGUGUGGCUCUGCGGAGACAAGACUUCGCCGUAUGCGUUGUAUCAGUUUUUCGUUCGGACGCCGGAUUCGGAAGUGGAAAAUCUGUUGAAAUUGCUGACAUUUAUGCCACUGGAUGAGAUACGGAGCGUGAUGGCGCGACAUAAGCGAACACCGGAACUGUGGGAGGCACAGAAAAGGUUAGCGCAGGAGUUGACUUUGUUGGUGCAUGGGGAAGAGGGACUGGCGAAGGCCGAGAGCAUAACGGCUGCAUUGUACAGUGGGAAUGUCGAGGCGUUGGGAGAGCUGGAGGUGAAGGACAUUAGACAGACCUUCGGGGGAGCACCGGUGGUGGACAUUUUGCCCGAACCGGGUAUGACUGUCCUACAAGUGGCGAUGAAGGCGAAAUGUUUCCCAACGGAGAAGGAUGCGAUUCGAAUUAUCAAUGCUGGAGGCUUUGCUAUCAAUCUUAACAAGGCAAAGAAUCCUGCUGAGGUGCUGGCGCCCGGUGUUCACAUUCUCAAAAAUAACAUUUCGUUGUUGAGAGUGGGUAAGCGAAACUAUUACAUUGUUAAGUGGUUAAUUUAAGAACGACAGUUGAAAAAAGGAAGCUUCGAAGGAUCUAUAA